GGUACCGCUCGGCAAGGCGUUCCGAAUAUUGUAUACAAACCCACGUGCUUGUUGACCAAAUUUUUAACUAUCAGAAAACAUGUCUAAUUUAGUUGUUUUUCCGUGGAUGAAUAGGGAAGAGGUUCGAUUUGUUUAUGAGGAACUGUUUAGUACAGAUGUCAUUAAGCAAAAACAUGCGAUCGAACGAAUAUCAGUGUGGAAGAGUAGGUCAAAGAAGCGAUUACCAGCUGCUGUAGAGAGCACAUCUUCCUUCAUCAAUGCACAUUUAGCAAGCAGAGAAGUCGAUGCAUCAUCGUUUGGAGUAGACUUUCAUCUGCGUAACUUAUAUAGCAUGGCAGUAAUUAGGUUUGUGAAUCACAUUACAGAAAAGGGUCAACAAGGAGCAUUUGCAAAACCAGUUCAUGUUGUUGCAGCAGUGUUGGGUGUUCCAGAAUGGAUUGUUGAGUUGCGACAUGAGGCAACACAUGGUUCUUUACCAUCGCUGAAUGAGUUAACAGCUGCUUCUUCAUGGGCGCUCGAAUGGUUAAAGAAAAACUUUUGGGAGCCACAGACAUCUGAAACCUUUGGCAUUGCUUCUUUAAGUAGCGCAGCAGGUGAUAUAUUGAAGGAUUCUCUUGUAACUUACAUGCAAAGAAGAUUCAAAGAAAUCAGUAGUGGAGAAGCUUCAUCUAACAAACAGCUGCUGGUGAACAUUGAUCACAUGUUCAAACAACUUGGAAGUAAUGCAUGUCCAAUUCUGAUUGCAGAUGGGUACCUUAUUCCUACAGUAGAACAGUUAGAUAGUCUUGGAUAUAAUUAUGCAGACUUGCAUUCAAAUGGUAGCCUUUUGCUCCCACCAAAAGUUCUAGAAUUCUGGAAAAAAGUCAUUCUUUUAAUGGUCAAAACAAAUUUGAUUGCUGAACUUUCGCUUCAUAUGGCAUCAGUUAUAACAGAGGAAUCUUCACCAAGAAACUUUUUAGUUCUCUGCUGGUUGUACACUUUUAUUUGGCAUAAUCAAAGUGACAAAAUAAAAAGAAAUAAAUCCAAAUCUCAUUUAUUCCCAAGGCCUAUCGAAAUGCCAUACAUGUGUUUGUUAGAAAAAUGUAUAUAUCUAAGAAACAAGGAUGCAGAAUCAUUAAUUAAUCUAUUGGUAGAAAAUGCUAAUCUUGAUAUUGAACAGAAGCAAAAUCUAAAGCAUUUUCUUUCAGUGUGCAAAACUGUUGAUAAGUGCAAUGAAGAAAAUUCUUUCAGAAAAGUUUCAAAUAUAGCUGAUAUACAAGAUAUUGUACAUGAAGAUAGAAAAUCUUGGAAAAAAUGUCUAGAACCAGUUGAUUGGUCAAACCAUCCAAUAGGGCUAUUACCUAAUCAAACACUUGAUUAUACGUGUCUUGAUCUUUCCUCAUCUCAGAAUAAUUUAUCUGUUGAUAUCAGAAGUUUAUCAUGGGAAAGUGAUGAAGAAGAAAUGGAUGACCAGUCAAGUUUGGAUCUCUUGAACACUGGGGAUUCUCAGAGUGCAAGUGUAAAUGACAUAUCAAAAAAUAAUUCUGAUCAGUUGGCCUAUUCCAGCCAGUUGCAGUGGAAUGACAAAAUGAAAUUGACAAUUUCUAACAAAAUGCAGUUGUUUUAAUAUGUAUCAUUAUAUGUAUAUUUUAAUAUGUGUAUAUGUGACAACAUUUUAUAAAAAAGUAACUACUAUUUACUCUUUCUCAGUGAUGAUUUUUCCAUCUAAUUAGGCACGUCUUAAUAUUUAUAUAAAUAAAAAGAGAAGAAUUCAGUUUUUCAUCCCUUUUCUUGUUUGCCAUUUAGUACGUUAGGAAUAGACCUCACUUAAAGAUCCUGUAUGUGGUAAUUAAGGUUGUUAACCACUUUUAAGUGAAAUUUUAUAUAUGUAUAUAAUUAUGUUCAAACAUAGAAGAAUACAAAAAUAUGUACUGCAAAUAUUUGUCCAUAUUAUAUGUAAUCAUUUAACAAUUAAAACAUGGCCUUGAGGGCAAUAUGCAAGUUUAUGGACUGAUUGGUCAGACUGAGGAAGGUUGGCACAAAGUGCAGCUGAGGGACAUAUACCUUCCGAGGUCUGACCAACCAGUC